CCAUUUUCAAUGAGCUGAGCGGAGGCGACUCAGUGUCUCAAACUUCAGGUACGCAGACGAGAAGACAGGCAGGAUGCAGAAAGCAGCGGUUCUGGUUUCUCUGCUGCUCUUGGGAUGGACCUGGACCCUGCAGGGGCUCCCGGUUCUCCCAGAACCUCUUUACCCAACGCAGGAGAACUUUGAUAUCAGCCGGUUUUUGGGAACAUGGCACGACGUUGCCGUGGCGAGUACGUGUGCUUACAUGCAGCGCAACAGAGGAGAUGCAGCCAUCGGCAAGCUGGUUCUGCAGAGAGGCGCCACUGAAGGCAAACUCAAGACCACGAAAACUGGGCUCAGAGGUGGAACAUGUAAGGAGAUGACCGGGGACUAUGAGCUGACAGGCACACCAGGACGAUUCUUCUACCACAUUGAAAAGUGGGGGGCAGAUGUGGACGCCUACGUUGUUCACACCAACUACAUUGAGUACGCCAUCGUGAUAAUGAGCAAGGCGAAGUCAACAGGCGAUAAGAGCACCGCAGUGAAGCUUUACAGUCGAACCAAGACUGUAAGAGCCACUGUGCUGGAAGACUUCAAGACACUGGUCAGAGAACAGGGAAUGAGUGACGACACUAUUGUCAUUAAAAAGGAUAAAGGUACAGCAAACGCACACAUUGUUUUUAUAAAUAUGAAGCAUUCAGACCAUGUGAAGUGCAUACAAAUAUAUAUUAAUAUCACUCUUCAUGAGACAGAUUAUUAUCGUAUAUAAAUGUAAACCCAGCAA